AUGGAGCUGUGCAUUCAUGACAGAGGAUCAGGUUCAAGAGCUGCACCUAGCGCGGAGGAUCCCUAUACCAAGAGCUACUGCGACCUUGGUGUACACCAGUCCAUGCUGCGGGACCGUGAGCGAUGCCAGUGGUAUAGAAAUGCCAUCGAGCAGGUGUUGAAGGAGCGUCCGGGAAUGGUUGUGCUGGAUGUGGGGACUGGGACUGGCCUGCUUGCCAUGUUUGCGGCAAGAGCAGGAGCGAGGAAAGUGUACGCUGUGGAGAGCAGCAGAAUGGCCUCCCUGGCGCAAAUGAACGUGUUCGACAACGGGAUGAGCGACAUCGUAGACGUGCUGCACAGCAGGAUAGAGGACGUGAAGCUCCCAGAGAAAGUUGAUCUCAUCGUGAGCGAGUGGAUGGGCCACUACCUGCUGCACGAGUCGAUGAUUGACUCGGUCAUCUUUGCAAGGGACAACUUCUUGAAGGAGGAGGGGACGAUGCUUCCGAGUUCCGCUAGGAUCCUGUUGGCGCCUGUCUCUGCUGAGAGGGUCUGGCGAGACAAGGUUGAAUUCUGGUCGGACCCGGAGGAGACCUGGGGGCUAACGCUGCAUGCUGUCCAUCCGGUCGCAGUAGAGCAGAUGGUGUCUUCACCGAUGAUCGUCAGAGUGGACGAGACUGACGUGAUCGAACUCCCUCAAGUCCUGUGGGAGUGUGACAUGUACAAGAUAACACCCGCAGAGGUGCGGAAGAUUGCUAAGAGCAUGACUUUCGCAGUGAACCAGACCAUGCGAGGAGCUUGCAUCUGGUUCGAGGUGAGCGAGGACAGCUCGAACAGCGUCUUGGACACCUCUCCGUCCAAACCGGAAACUCACUGGAAGCAAACUUUGGGUAAGUGUGUUGAUGUGAUGGAUGCACUCAUCAAUAAUGACGGCGCAGUUAUGUUCCCCGAAGAGGUGUUGCCCUCCUUCUUGCCAUCAGGGAAAGUCUCUUGCGUGACGGAGAUGUCAAGAGUUCACGGGACAAGGCAGUACAACCUGAUGAUUGACCUGAAGCCUGUGCCAGAGGAAAGAAAAGAUUCAUGA